CAGAGAGAGAAAGAAGAGAGAGAGAGUGGAGAGAGAAACAAGAGAGAGAAAGAAGAGAGAGAGUGGAGAGAGAAAGCAGAGAGAGAAAGAGAGAGAAUUUCUCCGUUCGAAUUGAUAGAGGAGUUCUUGAAUCCGCAUCUACAGAAGGAGGCGAAUCCCAUCGUGGUGCGUUGUCCGAUUCCCUUCCCUCGUUCCGCGCAUCGGCGAAUCUGAACUCGCGAACCUCUCCCUCCAGCUCAAAAGCUCUCCCCGAUCUCGAUUCAUUUCACACCCACACCUUCCCUUUCCUUCCCCUUCCCCUUUUCCCCCGAUUCAUCAAAUGCCCUUCUUCCCUCGGCUUCCCCCGAAGCCCACGUGGUGAGCCCCGGCGGGCGAUUUGGCUCGGUACCCACUUCGGGUUUUGCCCGGGAGAAUCUUGGGUCGGGGGGCGUUGGGGGCCGGAGAGGAUGAAGAUCGAGGAGUUGGAGGACGCGGGGCGGGAGAGGGGCGACGGGGUCGAUGGGGAGAUGGUGGUGAGCAGCUACGACACGAAGAGGGUCUUGGUGGGUGCGGGCGCCAGGAUCUUGUUUUACCCCACCCUCUUGUAUAAUGUGUUUCGGAACAAGAUCCAAGCGCAGUUCAGAUGGUGGGAUGAAGUCGAUCAGUUUCUUUUGCUGGGUGCAGUGCCAUUCCCCAAGGAUGUUCCAAGACUAAAGCAGCUUGGUGUUGGUGGUGUCAUCACCUUAAAUGAACCUUAUGAAACUUUGGUGCCGUCAUCUUUGUACCAUGCCCAUGGGAUUGACCACCUUGUACUACCUACCAGGGAUUAUCUCUUUGCUCCAUCUUUCAUUGACAUUGGCCGUGCAGUGGACUUCAUUUACAGAAACUCAUCAUGUGGCCAAACAACAUAUGUUCAUUGUAAAGCUGGUCGUGGGAGGAGCACGACAAUAGUGCUCUGCUAUUUGGUAAAGUAUAAACACAUGACUCCUGCUGCUGCUCUAGAAUAUGUUAGGUCUAGAAGGCCUCGUGUACUCCUAGCCCCUGCGCAGUGGAAGGCAGUUCAAGAAUACAGCAAGGGCCUAAGAACGAUGGCGGUAUGUUCUCCGUCAGGCUCGGGGGACACUGUCUUUAUAACAAAGGCCGAUCUGGAAGGGUACCAGUGCACCUUGGAAGAUAAUUAUGGUAAGGAUCUGGCCAUCAUCCCCAAGGUGACGAGGUCAAGACCCAUGAUUGCAAAGUUGUCUUGCCUUUUCGCUUCGUUAAAAGUAUCUGGUGGUAUUGGGAGUCUGCCGAGGCGGUUGCCAGUACCGGAGGCACGCGCGUGCUAAGACGUUUUGCAUGUCACGGCGGCUCUUUUUGAUGUCUGUACAGGAAUUCCUCUGGGAAUGAGUUGUAUCGAGUUAGGAAUUGCCCCCCGGUAUCUUGUGUCUAAGAGAGAGAGAGAGAGAGAGAGAGAGAGAGAGAGAGAGAGUGCGAGAGAAGGUCAAGUGAGUAUAAAGAUACAAACAAAAGAGCUAUUGUUGCGUGGUGUAUUCUGCUUCAUCUUGUUGCACAGUCUUCGCAAUGAAUUCUGACACUUUUACUUGUUGGCAAUUGGAAUUCCCCCACUCCUCGGUGAUAUCUGUGGUUACGGGUAUCUCUGGAUUACCAAAAUAA